AUGUCUAUCGGGAGCCUCUCCGAUAUCACGCUGCAGUACCUCGAGUCUAAGGGUAUUCGGUUCAUACUAGAUGAGGCCAUGCACAAUGUGGUGCUUCAGAUGCCCGAGGACCCACUCGCGUUCCUUGAGAAGGAGUUCCGCAGGCCCACCCCAGUUCAGGUCAUUCUCACCGGCCCAUGUGGCAGUGGGAAGACAACACUGGCAGCGAAGUUGGCUGCUCAUUACGGUAUCGCCCACGUCAGUGCAACUGUCGCAGAUGUCGGGGACGUGGCGAUGCCUGCUGAUAUGCUGGGGGAACUGAAGGGUCUGCAACAGGAGGGUAAGGGCUGGGUGCUGGACGGUUUCCCGCAGACCCGCGCGGAUGCUAUUCAACUGCAGACGUCGGGGAUAUCGCCGCAGCUACUUUUUGAACUGCAGGUCCCACCAGCCGUAGCGCUGGAGCGCGCCACUGCACAUGCGGGUGCCUCAUCCAAGCAUACAGAAGCCGCUGCCCCUAUCGUAAAGUCCUACCACCUCUACGAUGUGCGCAGAACAGAGAUCGUCACCUCCUACCAGCCGUUCUACCGCGCCAUCGAUGCCACUGUCACUGCAGACGAAGUCGCUGCGAAUGUCAUGAAGGCAAUCGACACUCUGCAUCUCUCGUGA